CUUUUUCGCGUUUCGAGAAUUGACGGGUCUCGAUUGUGUCCGCCCUGCCUACCCCGGACUUGGCUGCAGAAUGCGGCCGCGCUCCACACUCGCUCGCCCUUAUAUAACUUUAACGUGCGUGUCAAGCUCGGCGGUCACUUUACACGGGCCGACACUUUUAGAGGAUCCGUCGGACUUACCUGUGGAUUUCUUUUCCUUACCUCCUGCUUCUUAAACAGAGAAAAGUGGUGCGAGGUUUUUUAGUUUCGGAUCUCCCCCUCGACCUUGUUUACUUUAGUUCAAAUAGUUGCUACCAAGCAGGGAAUAUUUACUCGUGACUUGAGGACGAGCGUUUUUUUUUUUCCUUUUUUUUUUGCUUUUUCCCUGCAGGAUUGUCUUUUAUUUCACCUCUGCCUCUCUCCGACUUUGCGUCGCUCCUCGGUGUUUCUCACUGAGUUUUGACAGGUCAUGACCUAAAACGGAGGUCUGCAUCCCUCUCCAAACAGCAGAUAGCAAAAUGCAUCAGGACGUCUUGAAGUGCAACGGUAAUCGAGACGACUGCCUGACUUUCACGGAGUUGGGAAGCGGAGAAUGUAGAGAGGCAGCCGACGCCGCCACCGGUUCCCUGCUCGGCACACUCCGCCCGACCGCCCCAAACGGGGGUGGAACCAAAGACCGCCGGGAGCCCGCCGGAAGCUUCUUCGACUCCCACCAGCAAAGUCAGUCCCUGUUUGAAGACACAAAUGGCCAGAAAAUGAUCAGACUCGAAAAAGGGCAGCAGGAUGUCGGUGCGUUUAGCAUGGAGGACCAAUUGGCGUUGCUGAGCCAGAAUACUGGAGAUCUGGACACGGGCUCCACAUCUAUCAUCGACACCCCCAUCUUGGGAAACCUCCCUCUGCCCGACCUUUUCCCCGCUCACAUCAAACAGGAAGGAGACUUCUCCCUGGGUAAAGAAUUGGGCUCUUAUGGCGGACUUCCCUCCGCAACUUCCUGCAAUUUGACAGGCGGCAGUCACCUUAUUGAAGACAGCGAGCUUUGGAAAGACCUGGACCUUCCGGGAUCUCUGCCAGAGAUCAGCGACUUUGACUUGGAUUCCGAAGUCGCUCAGUUAGAUAACAUCCUGUACGACGGCGGAAGACCUAUCGGAGGUUUACCAAAAGCCACCCAAGUGCCCAAUGACGGGAACUGUCACAAUGCUAACGGCGGCCAGCAGCAUCACGCCAUGCUCCACCAUCCUCACCAGCAGCAUCACCUUCUGCCGCACCAGCUUCAGCACCAGCAUCAGCAACCGCCGUCUCUUCUCUCAAGUGUGGUCAUCAAGGAAGAGAAGGAUCCCGGCCACUCUUUUGCCCACAUUCAUACUCCCGGCGUGGUCAAGCAGGAGAAGCAAGAGCCUCUCUUCUGCCAGUCGCAGUGUCUCCACGGAGGCAUGAGUUCGGCUCAUUUAGGAGCCCCGAUGUCCUCGUCAAUGAGCGUGGAUGCGGCUGGCUACCCCUGCGGAACCAACGUGGGCCAACAACAGCGCAAGCCCUUUGGCGUGCACUCAAACGUGCCGGCAUUGGGGGAGAGCUGGAUGCGAGCCGACAGGUACGCAGAGGCCCCCGGGAUUCAAAGGGCCAACGAUGGGCUCUCCAACACGGCCAUGUUGUCGACGUACCCGCUCAGCUUCUCUUGCUCAACACCCAGAACAGGAGCAGAGUCCAACAGUUCUCCAUCCAAAGCCAACGGACAGAGCCACAAAGUGUGUUUGGUGUGUUCGGAUGAAGCCUCCGGAUGCCACUACGGGGUGGUGACGUGCGGCAGCUGCAAGGUUUUCUUCAAGAGGGCCGUGGAAGGAUGGAGAGCACGACAAAAGAGUGAUGGUCAGCACAACUACUUGUGCGCAGGCAGAAACGACUGCAUCAUCGAUAAGAUCCGCAGGAAAAAUUGUCCAGCCUGCCGCUUCCGCAAAUGCCUUCAGGCUGGGAUGAAUCUGGAAGCGAGGAAGAACAAGAAGCUAAAGAGGAGAGAGCAGCAGAGCCUCAGAGUGGCGGAGCCCGCCCCCGCCAUGCCCGUGGCGGUCAUCCCCACCUGCAUGCCCCAGUUGGUGCCCGCCAUGCUGUCGGUGCUCAAGGCCAUCGAGCCCGAGAUCAUCUACUCGGGCUACGACGUGACGCUGCCCGACACGUCCUCGCGCCUCAUGAGCACGCUCAACAAGCUGGGCGGGCAGCAGGUCAUCUCCGCCGUCAAGUGGGCCAAGUCGCUGCCAGGCUUUCGUAACUUGCACCUGGAUGACCAGAUGACAUUGCUGCAGUGUUCGUGGCUCUUCCUCAUGUCCUUCAGUCUGGGCUGGAGGUCGUACCAGCAGUGCAACGGGAGGAUGCUCUGCUUCGCCCCCGACCUCGUCAUCAACCAAGACCGCAUGAAGCUCCCCUACAUGACAGAGCAAUGCGAGCAGAUGAUGAAGAUCUGCACGGAGUUUGUGCGGCUGGACGUUUCCUACGACGAGUACCUGUGUAUGAAAGUCCUGCUGCUGCUCAGCACAGUGCCUAAAGACGGGCUGAAGAGUCAGGCGGUGUUCGAUGAGAUCCGCAUGACGUACAUUAAGGAGCUGGGGAAAGCCAUCGUCAAGCGAGAGGAGAACACCAGCCAGAACUGGCAACGCUUCUACCAGCUCACUAAGCUACUGGACUCCAUGCAGGGGAUGGUAGAGGACCUCCUUCAGAUUUGCUUCUUCACGUUCAUGAACAAGACGCUGAGUGUGGAGUUCCCCGAGAUGCUGACGGAGAUCAUCACCAACCAGAUACCAAAAAUCAAAGACGGCAGCGUCAAGCAGCUGCUCUUUCAUCAGAAGUGAGAAUGGUCGGGUGUCCAGCCAUGCCUUAAAACGCUCCCCACCGAUCGCCCCCUCCCUCCGCACCGACUCGCCACUUUAUCCAGCGCCACAUCCUCGCUCAGGUUUGGCUUCUGAAUUUGAAUCUUUAGAGGAAAUGUAUCUUUUGCUCCCUCCUCUCAAUUUGGUGGUUACACCCAUUCACAUCCCGAUCACGCUGUCAAUCAUCCACCGCUGACCUUCGGAAUGUAAUGUUGAAUGAAAUAUCUUUCUUAUAUGUAUAUGUGAUAGUAUACCUGAGCUGCUUUCGGCUUGUAACAAGCGACAAAACUCAGCACCUAAAAAAAAAAAAAAAAUCUCAGCGACUGAAAAAAAUAUCUAUAUAUAUUUUCCUCUUGUUGUAUUGCACACACUUGCGCUUUUAAGUCCAUUUAGCAACAGUACGUACAAGUGAGAAGGGAAAUCAGUGCCUUUCAGCUCAAAUUCAUAGCUGUUCAAUCUGAGUGGGAUUUUUUUUUCGUGGGGGGGUAUUUUGUUUUUACAUGCUCAACUUUGCCCUCAACAUUUCGCAGCAUGAAAACAUUCUUGAGUGAGAAGAAAAAAAAAUAAAAAAUCAUGUACACAAUCAGUUUUGGAAAAGUUUGCCAUGUUGUAAUCUCACUGAAAAAGUUUCCAAAUUCCAAGAAUGAAGUCAUAAAUUUAGAGGGAAUAAUUACAUAACAGUGAUGUAUUGUUUCUCCCAUUUGAUGAGCUAUGUACAUUUUUGUUUGAAAUUCUUAUUCACGAAUGUGGAAUCAACAUUUAUCUCUAUUUGAUAGUGUCACAGGAAGUGACUGAACCCUUUAAUCAUUUACAAGGCAUCAUGACACAAGAGACCAUUUUAAAAGAAAAGAGAGAUUUAUAUGUAGAUAUAAUAUAUAAAAUAUUUUUUCUUUUGUAAGAUGUUUUGAAAAAAAAAAAAAGUCACAAAGUUCUAUUCUUUGCUCCGCUAUUUUCAAAUGAGAUGCAAAAUCAUAUUGAAAGAGAAAAGAAAAAAAAAGCUCAGGCUCGGUCACUGGUGCUAAAAGUCACAGGAGGUUUGACAUAGGUGGCUUCUAUUGGUUUGUGUUUUUCUUUUCUUUUUUUCUCCUAUGGCCUUGUGUGCGAAUGUGUUGAGUGUGCGUGAUGCUCCAAAUGUGACCGUUUUGCUGCAGGGUGCUCAUAUACUAUGAGAUUCUCACAAGUACACCAGCUUCAAUGUACUGAAUAUGAGCUAUUAUAAUAACAUGCAGGUAACAUUAAAUAUGGUUGCUUUUAGAGAUGGCUUUUAAACUUACAACUUUAUACUGCUCCCAUACGCACUAUAUCCACAUCAUUCAUAAGAGUGCCUGUCAAACAGUGAUGGAUAAUGUCUUUUGUUUUUACAACACAAUCUAGAAUUGAUUUUUAUUAUUGGGCUCGGAAAGAGUUAACAGUGCAGUAGGGGGUGUUGCCAUAGUGACCUCAUCCUUAGGGCUAACGGCACAGCAGGCUUCAGGCGCACACACACACACACAGAGAAGUACUUGUUUUUCCGUGCUCAACAACCAGCCGCGUCUAGUAAGUGUACAAAAAUACGUGGUGCAGUGCAGACAGCUUCAAAUUGUGCAAAACGCCUUGUUUGUUGUUUAUUUUAAAUAACGUGUUGACUCCAGUCGUUAUUAGAGGGAAAAUCACGCUUCUUUCAUCAUGUGGUGCCUUUGAGACAAAAAUAAAAAUAGAUUUAUUAGAAGUUAACCCGUUUUUACACGCUGAAUUUAGCUGAAAGGUGUGUGGGACAUGCCAAAAUGUAUGUCUAGCUAAUAAAAAAAAAAAAAAAGAGACAUUUGGAAACUGUUUACCACUUAAAAGACAAUGUCAAAGGAACUUCAUAGUGCUAUUGACCCAUAAUAGACUUCAGUUAUGCUAUUCUUCGUAUUCAAGUUAACUGCUGAGCCCACUUUCAUUUAAACUCUGUUGCUAACCAAAACAGCAGCAUAUAAAACGCCCCUACCCUCUACUUGCCAAAAUGCGCUAAGCUUUAACAUAUAUGCAUAUCAUAUCUACUAAACAAAAUGGGAGACAGAGAGCCAUAAAAAAAAAAAAAAAAAAAGAAACAAUUCCAAAUCAGGAGAGAAAGAAUAUUUUUCAAUAUAGCCGAGUAGUCAAGAUGUUCUCUCGCUGUUGUCGGUUUGUGCUAAAAGGUAAACGUGGUGAUGAUGAGCUGUUCAACAUGUCUGUCUUGUGAAGUCAAUGUCAGGUUUGGAAGGGGGGGGGGGUGGUGGUUUGAAAGGCGUUUUGUGGAGCAUCGGUGAGGUGAGAUUUUGCGUCCAAAGCUGAAGAGCCAACAAUUAAAGAUAACAAGUAUUCAGUUUCCGUAAUUUUCGGACUAUAAGUCGCACCGGAGUAUAAGUCACACCAGCCAUAAAAUGCCCAAAAAAGUGGAAAAAAAAACCAUAUAUAUGUAUAUAAGUCGCUCCUGAGUAUAAGUCACCUCCCCACCCAAACUAUGGAAAAAAACGCGACUUAUAGUCCGAAAAUUACGGUACAUUUUAAGUAGCACUUAUUUUGAAAGGCAUCUUUUUUUUCUUGGAACCGUCCCGGCUUUGGAUCGCUAAUGAUGCGAGGACAUAGUGGUCACUUUAUAACAUCCCCCCCCCCCCCCCCCCAUAAAAAAAGGCAAAAAAAUAAAACCGAAUGUAAAUCGACCGGAGCCAGACGAAUCGCUCGUAGCGGUCGAUAAGAGUCUAUUUUGUAUAAAGUAUCAUCUUUAACGAUUUUAAGGGCCGAUCAAUUUUCGCUGGUGUGUAUGGCGUAUUGCUUUGUUCGUAUUUCAGUGCAAUGUAAAAAUACAAACAAUGUACAAUAUUUGUUUGAGUGGGAGGAGGUGGAAAAAAGUUUCUGAUAUGACUUGUGUAUUACUUACACCCGCUCUGUAGUCAGUGUCGAUAUUUUCACCUCUUUGAUUCCAUGUUGAAUUCUCUGUGUUGUUAUUUGGUUGACUGGCAGGAAGUGAUUUGACUUCAGACCAAUUAUACAAUAAAGUCAACAGUUUUUUUCCAA